GGGGAGGCGAGGAGAGCGGGGCUGGGCGUGUGCGCGUCCGACUGGGAGCGCGCCGGAGAGAGGGAAGAAAAGAAAGAGAGGGAAAAGAGAGAGGAGGGAGGGGAGCGGUGGAAAAAAGCCACUCGGGACCCCCCUCCCUCCCCCAAGGCCGGGGCCGCCCCCUCGCAUCUCCCGGCAGCCAGCGGCCUUGGGGGUGCGGAGGGGCGAGGGGGGCUGCGGGGACCCCUCCAUCGCCGGGGUCCCGCCUGCGGGGAGCGAAACCCUUCGGCUCUCCCCCCCCUGCUGCCCUCCCCUCUCCUUUCCCUCCCCUCCCUCCUCCCUCCCUCCUUCCUUCCUUCCUUCUCCGGGCUUGUCCCGGGGAGGGAGGGGGGCUCAGCUUGCAGUCCGCCUUCACGCCUGCCGACGCUAGGCUCCCUCCUGCCCCCGGCCCCCCCGCCCCAACAGCCUCCCGGCCGCCCCCAGCGCCCCUCGGCCAGGUGAGGCAGCGCUGCCGGCCCCUUCGGAUGUAGGCACGAGAGACCCCGGAUGGAUUUCGGGAGCGUCAUGAACCAGGCUGCCACCCCGUGCUCCCCUGCUGUCAACUAUGAGCUGCCAUCCCCAGGGCAGAGCAUCACCAAGCAGGUGGACACUCCGGACACCACGAGGUCCCCCAGAAGUGGGCAGGCACACCGCAAAACGUCCAGGAGCAUGAGCGUGACAGCAGCCAUGGAGAGCAGCUGUGAGCUGGACCUGGUGUACAUCACGGAGCGCAUCAUCGCUGUCUCCUACCCCAGCACAGCCGAGGAGCAGAACUUCCGCAGCAACCUCCGUGAGGUGGCCCACAUGCUGAAGUCCAAGCAUGGGGACAACUAUGUGCUUUUCAAUCUCUCAGAGCGGAGACAUGACAUCAGCAAACUUCACCCCAAGGUGCUGGAUUUUGGGUGGCCUGACCUGCACACGCCGGCACUGGAGAAGAUCUGCAGCAUUUGCAAAGCGAUGGACACGUGGCUGAACGCGGCAGCUCACAACGUGGUGGUGCUGCACAACAAGGGGAACCGUGGCCGGCUGGGGGUAGUCGUGGCUGCCUACAUGCACUACAGCAAUAUCUCAGCCAGUGCUGACCAGGCUCUGGACAGGUUUGCCAUGAAGCGCUUCUACGAGGACAAGGUGGUGCCGGUGGGACAGCCCUCCCAGAAGAGGUACAUCCACUACUUUAGCGGGCUGCUGUCCGGCAGCAUCAAGAUGAACAACAAGCCUCUCUUCCUGCAUCAUGUCAUCAUGCACGGCAUCCCCAACUUUGAAUCAAAAGGCGGUUGUCGGCCCUUUCUGAAGAUCUACCAGGCCAUGCAGCCCGUCUACACAUCGGGGAUCUACAACGUGCAAGGGGACAGCCAGACGGGCAUCUGCAUCACCAUCGAGCCGGGGCUGCUGCUCAAGGGUGAUAUCUUGCUCAAGUGUUACCACAAGAAGUUCCGCAGCCCGACCCGUGACGUGAUUUUCCGUGUGCAGUUCCACACUUGCGCUGUGCAUGACCUGGACAUCGUCUUUGGCAAGGAGGACCUGGAUGAGGCAUUCAGGGAUGAACGCUUCCCUGAAUAUGGAAAGGUGGAGUUUGUGUUCUCCUACGGCCCUGAGAAAAUCCAAGGCAUGGAACACCUGGAGAACGGCCCCAGCGUCUCAGUGGACUACAACACAUCUGACCCACUCAUCCGCUGGGACUCCUACGAGAACUUCAACAUCCAGCGUGAGGACAGCACUGAGGGGGCCUGGGCUGAGCCACCGCUGCCGGGAAAACACCUGGAGAAAGAGGUUGGGCACACGCAAGGGCCCCUGGACGGGAGCCUCUACGCUAAAGUGAAGAAGAAAGACUCCCUGCACGGCAGCAUCGGCGCUGUCAACGCUGCCCGCCUCCCCCUCUCGGCAGCCCCCAACCACGUUGAGCACACACUGUCGGUGAGCAGCGACUCGGGCAACUCCACCGCCUCCACCAAGACCGACCGGACGGAUGAGCCGGGGGCUCCUGGGGCACCCGGCGGCCACACGGUGCUGAGCCCCGAGGAGAAGCGGGAGCUGGACCGGCUCCUGGUCGGCUUCGGCUUGGAGAGCGCAGCGCCCAUGCACAACCACGCGCCAGGCCCUGCACCUGCCCGCCUGCCUGCCGGGCCGGGCCGCCACGUGGUGCCGGCCCAGGUGCACGUCAAUGGUGGUGGCACACCACUGCUGGCUGAGCGGGAAACGGACAUCUUGGAUGAUGAGCUGCCCAACCAGGAUGGGCACAGCGUGGGCAGCCUGGGCACGCUCUCCUCCUUGGAUGGCACCACCACUGCCAGCGAGGCUGGCUUCCACGAGGCGCCACGGGUGGGCAGCCUCUCCUCGCUGCCCAACGGCCCAGCCAGCUACAACGGGGCUGAGAAGAUGCUGAAGGAAGGGCUUUAUGAGGCCGAGCCUCUCUCCAAUGGUGCCUACCCCUACAGCAACCAGAACGCCCUGAUGGGCCACCACCUCCGUGACCCGCUGGCUCACUUACGGCCCUCAGCAUCUGCGCAGGAGCACCUGGCUGGGUACCCGCAGCGGCAGCCAGCUUCAGCCUCACCGGCCUGGCUCCAGCCCCCGGUGCCACAGCCCUACCUGUAUGGUUAUGACCUUCCCAGCGCCCACCGCUCUCAGUCCUUCCCGGCUGUGGGGACAGCCAAAUACGAAGCGAACCCAGCAUUACCACAGGCUCCGGCUCGCAGCACCAGCAGCCGGGAGGCCGUGCAGCGGGGCUUGAAUUCCUGGCAGCAGCAGGGUGGCAGCCGACCGCCAUCCCAGCUGCAGGACGGUGGCUUGGAGAGCCACAGCCCCAGCCUGUCCAGCUGCAGCCCCCAGCCCAGCCCGCUGCAGCCCAUGCCCCCGCACAGCCACAGCAUGCCUGAGUUCCCCCGGGCUCCAUCGCGCCGGGAGAUCGAGCAAUCCAUCGAAGCGCUUGAUGUCCUCAUGCUGGACCUUGCACCCUCCGUCCAUAAGUCACAGAGUGUCCCCUCUGCGGCCACUCGCCAGGACAAGCCAACUGCCAUGCUGUCCUCUCUGUCGGCACAGCCACUCAGCAGUCGCUAUGCACAGCCUGCCCCGCAGGUGGCCCAGCCCAGGUCCUUCAGCACCUCUGUGGGCACUGAUCCCUUGGCUAAAGCCUACUCUCCUGGUCCACUGGUUCCUGCGGGUCGAAACGCUGCAGAGCCAGACUACACCGUGCACGAGUACAGAGAAACCUAUGCUCCCUAUAGCUACCAGCCAGUGCCGGAGCCUCGGAGCUAUGGCAGUGCACCAGCGAGCAUCCUCCCGCUCAGUGCCUCGUACAGCCCUGCAGGGUCCCAGCAGCUUCUCGUCUCCUCCCCACCAUCCCCCACUGUGCCGGCCCAAAGCCAGCUGCCCCACAAGGGACUGGAGAGCUACGAAGACCUGUCGAGAUCGGGAGAAGAACCCUUGAAUCUGGAAGGGCUGGUGGCCCACAGGGUGGCAGGGGUGCAGUCCCGGGAGAAGUCCCCAGAGGAGAGCACCGUCCCCACCCGAAGGCGAACCCCCAGUGACAGCCACUAUGAGAAGAGCUCGCCGGAGCCUGGUUCACCCCGCAGCCCUACUGUCCUCUCACCUGAGGUGGUCAGCACCAUCGCAGCCAACCCUGGAGGGAGGCCCAAGGAGCCUCACCUCCACAGCUACAAGGAAGCCUUUGAGGAGAUGGAGAGUGCUUCCCCCAGCAGCCCGACCUCCGGCGGCGGUGAGAUUUCUCCCCCCACCCCAGCCUUCCCUGUCUCGCCACAAACCCCUUACUCCGACUCCUUGCGCUCUCCACCCGGCCUGGCCAAGACCCCACUCUCAGCGCUGGGGCUGAAACCCCAUAACCCAGCCGACAUCCUGCUGCACCCAGUGGGAGAGCUAGAAGGGGAGGCGGGAGCUGACUCUGAAGAAGAGCCCAGGAGCUAUGUUGAGUCGGUGGCCAGGACGGCCACGACUGGCAGGGCAGGGAACCUGCCAGCCACCCAGCCUGCGGGCCUGGAGGUGCCUGCCAGGAACGGUGCCUUCAGCAACUCCUUCACUGUGCCCAGCCCCGUCUCUACCAGCAGCCCCAUCCACAGCAUGGACGGCGCCUCGCUCCGCAGCUACCCGUCGGAGGGCAGCCCCCAUGGCACGGUUACACCUCCCCAUGCUGUGGCGGAGCCAGCUUACCGCUCGCCCAUCGUCUCGCAGACGCCCUCUGCUCACAGCAGCUAUCAAACCUCGUCUCCAUCAUCCUUCCAAGCAGGAACGCUGGGCUCUCCCUAUGCCAGCCCUGACUACCCCGAUGGCCGAGCCGGCUUCCAGCCGGACCCCCAGGCUCGCCAGCAGCCACAGGUCAGCGUGGUGGGUGUCCACGCACUGCCAGGGAGCCCCCGCACCCUGCACCGGACUGUGGCUACCAACACGCCGCCCAGCCCUGGCUUUGGGCGAAGAGCUGCCAACCCCGCUGCCGCUGGCACACCUGGCAGCCCUGGGCUGGGCCGGCAUGCCGUGUCCCCCCAUGUGCCACCGGGGAGCCCCAGCCUCGCCCGGCAUCAGAUGGCAGCCGUGCCUCCCGGCAGCCCCGUGUAUGGCUAUUCCAGCCCGGAGGAGAGGCGCCCGACGCUGUCCCGGCAGAGCAGUGCGUCUGGCUACCAGCCUCCCUCCACGCCGUCCUUCCCCGUCUCACCGGCGUACUAUCCUGGCACCAGCACGCCGCAUUCCUCCUCCCCGGACUCCGCCGCCUACCGCCAGGGCAGCCCCACUCCGCAGCCUGCACUGCCUGAGAAGAGGCGGAUGUCAGCUGGCGAGCGCUCUAACAGCCUGCCCAACUACGCCACGGUCAACGGCAAGGCCUCCUCGCCCCUCUCCAGCGGCAUGUCCAGCCCCAGCAGCGGCAGCGCCGUGGCUUUCUCCCACACCCUGCCGGAUUUCUCCAAGUUUUCCAUGCCAGAUAUCAGCCCCGAGACUCGUGCUAACGUGAAGUUUGUGCAGGACACUUCCAAGUACUGGUACAAGCCGGACAUCUCCCGCGAGCAAGCCAUCGCGCUGCUGAAGGACAGGGAGCCAGGGGCUUUCAUCAUCCGGGACAGCCACUCCUUCCGGGGAGCCUAUGGCCUUGCCAUGAAAGUAGCUUCCCCGCCUCCCACCGUCAUGCAGCAGAACAAGAAAGGAGACAUCACCAACGAGCUGGUGAGGCACUUCCUCAUCGAGACCAGCCCACGGGGUGUGAAACUAAAAGGAUGCCCCAAUGAGCCUAAUUUUGGCUGCUUGUCGGCUCUGGUCUAUCAGCACUCCAUCAUGCCUCUGGCCCUGCCCUGCAAGCUGGUCAUUCCUGAUCGAGAUCCCAUGGAGGAAAAGAAAGAUGCAGUGUCGGCCACCAACUCGGCCACAGACCUUCUCAAACAGGGUGCGGCCUGCAACGUCCUCUUCAUCAAUUCAGUGGAGAUGGAGUCGCUCACAGGCCCCCAGGCCAUCUCCAAAGCCGUGGCAGAGACGCUGGUGGCCGACCCCACACCAACCGCUACGAUCGUCCACUUCAAAGUCUCUGCACAGGGCAUCACCUUGACUGACAACCAGAGGAAAUUGUUCUUCCGACGACACUAUCCCCUCAACACCGUCACCUUCUGUGAUUUGGACCCCCAGGAACGAAAGUGGACUAAAACUGACGGCAGUGGCCCAGCCAAGCUCUUUGGCUUCGUGGCCAGGAAGCAAGGGAGCACCACGGACAACGUCUGCCACCUCUUUGCGGAGCUGGACCCGGACCAGCCGGCUGCGGCCAUCGUCAACUUUGUCUCCAGGGUCAUGCUUGGCUCCGGCCAGAAAAGAUGAGCCGGUGCUUGCGGGUGAUUCUUGAAUUUUGGAGAAGGACUUGGAGCUGAUCCGAGAAGGAGCGUGAGGAAGUGCAUUGUGGGAGAGGGAAGUGAAUCUGGGGGGGGGGAAGGGUUGGAAUUGUAGAGGAAAACAGCAAACAAGGACAAAAAAAGCCAAAACAAAAAAAACCCUAAAAACUCGACACAAGCGAAACACACACACUGAGGAAUCAAACCACACACCUACGUAACAGAGCCAUGAAGUCACGCCAAACAGGGAGAGGAUGCGGAUGCAUGUCCCACCGCAGGGAAGGUGACCAAAGAGAACGUGGAAGCAAGAGGGGUUCCCAGCUUUCGGCAUUGCAGUCCUGAGGCCGCACCAAGUGGUGAUGUUUGCUCCAGACUGAACGCAGGGUCAUCAUUUGGAGGGGAAAAAAAAGAGACAAAACAGCAAAAGCCAUGGAAGAAGCCUUCAUCGGUGAACGCCUGCUGCAUGUUUGACACAGCCCACGGAGGAUAAUGCGCUGCCACAGCGUGGGCUCAGGUCUGCAGGACACUGGAGGAGAUGCCGAUGGAAACCUCCCCUUGCUGUGCUGCAGCAGAGGGUCUUGCCAGCCCUUGUGCUUUCACCGAAACGUGCUGGCCACCCCACUGGGGCACACGAUGGCUUGGUCCCAAACCCUCUUGUCACCUGGGCGCUCGGCUUUGGGCUACCCUCAACAGCUGGCCCAGAGCCCAGCACAGGUGAGACACCACAAGCCCACCCACAGAGGGGCAAUGCAGCAUCUCUUCCAUUCCUGGGCGGCUCCUGUGCUCCAUGCCUGGGGGAGGAGGAUGCUCCUGGGCUGGUGGAGGAAGGAAGGCACCUCCUCGCCCAUCUUGCCCUUUUCCCUCCCGUCACCAGUCCUCUUGGACAGUUUUCUCCUGUGGCCUGUCACACAUUCUCUUAGCGAAAAAAAAAAAAAAAGAAAAAUGUUGUAAUAAUAAUAAUAAUAGCAGAUGCUUGCACAGGUGGGUUUCCUGUGCGGAGCAGCGGACCCGUGGCCGGCCCUAUCUCUCUCUUUGGAGACGUGCAAGCGGUUUUUAAAUUGCAUGGACGUUCAAGUUGCACGAAAGGUGAAUGACUACAAGUAACUCAGGCGCUUUCUCUAAUUUUUAUUUUUGGAGGCCACGUUAAAAAAAAAAAAAAAGAAGGAAGAAAAUUUAUUUAGAAAAAAAGAACAGCAAAAGAGGACUAGCAGUUGCUGGGCAGCUUUGGCUCGGUGGGGAGGCCACAGGUCCUCCGAGAGCCACUCUCUGCCUUCCCCAUGGUUGAAGGUGUGCACCCCAAAUGCACUGCAGGCUUUUCCCUGUGUGUGGGGAUUUGCAGGGGCUGAGGGCCUCGUGCCCUUACGGCUGAGCAUUGUGAUGUUGGGGAGCAGAGGUCCCAGCCCCAGACAUGGGUCUGGUGGCGGGGAGCAGCAUGCAGGUCCAGCGUGCGGGUUUGGGGCAGGGGCAGAGCUGAAUGCUGUGCUGCGGGCACAGACGUGCAGAGGUUGUGUUUUGUGGUUGUUAUUUUUGGAGAAGUUUUGGUGCAGAGUGGCCUAGAUAGCCUGUUGGGGGCAAACAAUUAGACUCCUACUGCUGCAGCCCCACAGAGAGCUCGCCUCCCUCGAACCACCCUUGCCUUGAUAGCUAUAAUAUAUAUAGGAGCUAUACUGACAAAAUACUGUAAGCUAACAAAAUUUUAAGGAGGAAAAAAAAAAAAGGUGAAAUUGACACUCCAAAAAUAUUUAUUUUUUUUUUUGCCAUAUUUUGCUUUCCGCGCAUCGAUUUCCCCCCACCCCCCCCAUUUCUAUCCGCCUUCCCCCGCCCUGGGGGCGAACACCUGCACGUCAGAAAGUGAAUGGGGGUGCAAGGGAAGCGCUGAUGGGGCGUGCGGGUGCCGUGCGGGGGACAUGCGUGUGACCGUGUGCGUGUGUGUGUGCGCGAGAGAGCGACGGCGUGGGCGAGGAGGGGCCGGUGUGGCCGGAGGCUGGUGUAUGGCGAGCGAUGGAUGCGUAGCGGGGAUUUGGGUGCGAGACUGCGGUGGGAUGCGGGGAGGACGGGGGCUUCCCCCCCCCCUCCUGGCUCCCCCUAUCCGCAUGGAUGCGAAGACCUUUUCCUGUUUUUAUCUUUUAUUUGUUAAUGACGUUUCAAAAGCGAUUCCCUCCUUCUGCGAAAUUCAAGCGAGAUGAGAGACGAUCUCACCCGUAUUCUCCUCACCCUGCCGUUAACUGAUUAGAGGAAACACUGUGUUUAUAGAUAUAUAAAUAUAUAUUUUUUGAAAGUCUCUAUUUUUCAGACUUGGUUUUCUCACUGCUAAGAAAGAAAAGAGAAGAUAAUAAUGUAAUUUUAUUUUAAUCUGCUGCCUCGGUGCUUGAGACUCCCCUUCACCUUCCCAUCCCAUAGGGCAAAGCCGAUCGGAGCACCCAGAGGUGCUGGCAGCAUCACGCCUGCUUCAGGGCUCCACGCUGAUGCUCAAGCUGGAGAUUUAGCCUGUAUCUGAAUGGCGAGCAUUAACCAUUGUGUAGUUUUUAACAUAGAGCUUCCAAUGAUGUCGGCGGGCGUUUGUCAGCUCCCUUUAAGGCACUUUCCUUCUUUAUCUCCUUUUAAAAGUUUCAUUGUUGGCUGCAACUCCCCACCAGUUGGGCUGUCGGGGACCCAGCGCCGCAUCAGUAUCUUUCCUUACACAAGGGAUGGAAGAGAUCCUUUGGUUUUCCUUUGGCUUUGCCAUGCAGUCGCGGUAUCGGAGAGCCAAGCUUUGUGCGCGUUCACCCUGUGCGUGUCCCGUUGUAACCACACCGCCGGGCGUUCUCUCUCUCUCUCACACACACCAACACAUCCCUCCUUCCUGCACAAAGAACUGCAUAUAUUCUUGCCAAAGAUAUCCUUAAAAACGCACUUUUCCCCACAUAUAUAUAUAUAUAUAUAUUUUUUUUGCGUGUGUACAUUCGUCAUAUGUCACUUUGUUGUGUUGAUUUGUUCUUUGGAGAACCCUUCCCAUUCCCACCCCUCCUCCCUUUGCUGUCAGUGUUGCUGCCUUACAGGAAGGCUCCUGGGGGGCUCCUGGAAAUUAUUUUGGGGGUUCGGCUGUGUCGCUGUCUGCUGGAGGGAUGCACCCUUUGUGCAAUGAGCGGUUCCUUCCCAUGGGAUGUAACCAACCGAAUGAAGCCAGGUUUUGGUUGCUGUGGAUGCAACGUAUGCUGAUCAAACCAAGCAUGGAAAAUCAUAAGAGCCGUGGAAUUGUUGGAGUUGGAAGGGUCUGGUGGGGAGAAAACCCAGCCCCAGCCCCUCCUGGAGAUUGAUGCUGUGGGAAGGGGUGCCAGGAGCAGAGCCAGGCUUUGUCCCAGCCUCCAGGAAACACCUGGAUGUGGCCAUAGCCUCCGGGCAUUGAUUUUUUAGCAGUGAAACAGCCAAACCGGAGCACACCCUGCCCAGCAGGUCGGGCAGGUACGGAGCUGGCCGCCCCAAAAACCCAGACGGCAUCAUCGGCAAAUGGAACCCUUCCCGUUGGAGCAGGCAGGGAGAUCAGACAGCAAAGGAGCCCGCAGGGGCUUGUUUGAUUCCGUUCGUUUGUUUUGCAAAUUGUGAGGUUGGUUUGGGGUUACUAUUUUUUUUUUUCUUUUCCUUAAAAAGGAGGAAAAAAAAAAAAGGAAGCAACCCAACAUUUCUGUUGGCAGAUCCAGUGCCGCCGUGUUUUGCGUGGUUUUUUUUCUUUCUUUUUCCUGUUGUCUUUGUUACUUUGGGAACGUUACAGAUUUAUUUGCUAAUCAGUGUUAAUGAACAGUUUAAAACUUUCGGACUUGCCCCUUUCUGUGUAUUUAUAUAGAUGGAAAAAAAAAAAAUGUUAUAUUUUGUAUCUUUGUGCCCAUGGUGUUGUCGCGCGUGUAAAGAUGACUUCGGUCGCACCAUGUCCGCGUGUGAAUGUGACUCCGCUUUCGUCUUCCCCUUUGUACAGACGUCUGAUUCUCUGCAGUUCAUUGUAUGGCUUUAUAAAGUGGUAAAAACAAAAAAUCAGUUAUAUAAAAUAUACUGUUGCUUGGAAUGCCA